AUGUCACCUCUGGAAUGUUCUCAGUGUUUGGAUGACCAACUUCUGCAUCAAACCUAUACGUGGCACCUCACGCUGAACUCCUGGCCAAAUUUUACAAGAAACAGAGUUACCAGAUCUGAAAACCCAGACAUUCCAAUCAAUGUGUUUCUACUUCAGAGGAGCACAGCUGAGCCCUUCUUGAGGUUCCACAACUUGUACACCACUCCGCGGUGCGCGCGGCAGGCUGCCCUGCCCAGGGUGAGCCGCAGGGUCGUCAGCCAGCAUUCAUACCCGCUGAACCGCUUCUCCUCCGUGCCCUUGGACGCCAUGGAGCGCCCCACCUCUCAAGCUGACCUCGACCUGGAUUACAACCCUCCCCGCGUUCAGCUCAGCGACGAGAUGUUCGUCUUCCAGGACGGGCGGUGGGUGAACGAGAACUGCCGGCUGCAGUCUCCUUACUUCUCGCCCUCCUCCUCCUUCCACCACAGGCUGUACCACAGGCGGAUGGCUAAAGAGUACCUGCUGCAGGAAGAGAACAAGUCCCUGCGCGAGGAGAACAAGGCGCUGAGAGAGGAGAACAAGACCCUGCGCAAGGAGAACAAGAUCCUGCAGGCCUUCUGGGAGGAGCACAAGGUCGCGCUAGGCCGCGAGGAAAGCGGGACCUCCCAGCCGUCGCCCCCGGCGCCGCUGCACAAAGAUAACAUGGCAGUCGAGGUUUCGAAGGAGGACUCGGCCCUACAGGUGCAGCGCAGCAAAGAGAACAGCGCCCUACAGCUCCUCCGUGAGGAGAACCGGACCCUGCAGCAGCUGCUGGAGCAGAGAAGGGCCUACUGGGCCCAGACGGAAGACAAGGCAGCCCCUGCGGAGGAGAACAAACCGGUAUCCUCGCCUCACGAAGAGCCCCACAGCCCCGGGCUGCUGCCCGACCAGGCCACAGGCCUCUCCUCUCCCUUCGAUGAGCCUAGAGGGCACCCCAGGGCACAGGACAAUUCCAAGACCCUCCGAGCCCUACGUCAAAUGGUCAACAACCUAGUGAGUGCUUCCGAGGAGGAGGAGCAGAGUAAGGGCAGCGCGGGCCUGCCGGAAGGGGACCAGCCCAUGCAGCUGCUGCAGGAGAUGAACCAGGCGCUUCACGCUCUGCGCGAGGAGGAGAACCGGAACCUCCAAGUCCUCCGCGAGGAGAACCAGCUGCUGCAGGAGGAGAACCGGGUGCUGCACGCGCUGCGCGAGGAGCACAGGGUCUUCCAGGAGGAGAACAAGGCCCUGUGGGAGAACAACAAGCUGAAACUGCAGCAAAAGCUGGUCAUCGACACGGUGACGCAAGUCACUGCGCGGAUGCAGAUGCUCCUCGAGGAGCUAUACGCCUUCAUGCCUGCCAAGGACAAGGAGCCUAAGAAGCCCAGCCGGAUCUGA